AGAGAGACUGAGAAAGGGAAGAGAGAGACAGAUAGGAGGACACCCUCUGGAGCCACUUGCAGGCUGAGGAUCUCGCCUUGAUAUCCUAGCAGUCCAGGGAGCUAGAUGCCUGGUUUAAUGGUUUCCUUUCUUUUUUAUCCUCAUGGGUAGACUUAACGUUUUUCUACUUGUUCUUAAAAAGAAAUAACCCCGAAGCACAUUCCUUUUGCCCACCUGCUCUCAGUUUCCAGGAUAACCUAAAACUCCAGCCAGCUAUAGCAUUCACUCUGCUCUUUCUGCUUUGCACACAGAUGGAGUGGCCGGACGGGAGCAGCUCUUGGCUCAGCAAAGAAUGCACAGUAUGAUCAGCUCAGUGGAUGUGAAAUCAGAGGUUCCUAUGGGCUUGGAGCCCAUCUCACCUUUAGACCUAAGGACAGACCUCAGGAUGAUGAUGCCUGUGGUGGAUCCUGUCGUCCGCGAGAAGCAACUGCAGCAAGAGUUACUUCUCAUCCAACAGCAACAGCAAAUCCAGAAGCAGCUCCUCAUAGCAGAGUUUCAGAAGCAGCACGAGAAUUUGACAAGGCAGCACCAAGCACAACUCCAGGAGCACAUCAAGGAACUUCUAGCCAUAAAACAACAGCAAGAACUCCUAGAAAAGGAGCAGAAACUGGAGCAGCAGAGGCAAGAACAGGAAGUAGAGAGGCAUCGCAGAGAGCAGCAGCUUCCUCCUCUCAGAGGCAAAGAUAGAGGACGAGAAAGGGCAGUGGCAAGCACAGAGGUUAAGCAGAAGCUUCAAGAAUUCCUGUUGAGUAAAUCAGCAACGAAAGACACUCCAACCAAUGGAAAAAAUCAUUCCGUGGGCCGCCAUCCCAAGCUCUGGUACACGGCUGCCCACCACACAUCACUGGAUCAAAGCUCUCCACCCCUCAGUGGGACGUCUCCAUCCUACAAGUACACAUUACCAGGAGCCCAAGACGCCAAGGAUGAUUUCCCCUUGCGAAAAACCGCCUCAGAGCCCAACUUGAAGGUGCGGUCCAGGUUAAAACAGAAAGUGGCAGAGAGGAGAAGCAGCCCCUUACUCAGGCGGAAGGAUGGAAAUCUUGUCACUUCAUUCAAGAAGCGAGUGUUUGAGGUGGCAGAAUCGUCGGUCAGUAGCAGCUCUCCAGGGUCAGGCCCCAGUUCACCCAACAAUGGGCCUGCUGGGAAUGUUACUGAAAACGAGGCUUCAGUUCUGCCUCCCACGCCUCACCCCGAGCAACUGGUUCCACAGCAGCGCAUUCUAAUUCAUGAAGAUUCCAUGAACCUGCUAAGUCUCUAUACCUCCCCUUCCCUGCCCAAUAUCACUCUGGGACUUCCAGCAGUGCCGUCCCCACUCAAUGCUUCUAACUCACUCAAAGACAAGCAGAAGUGUGAGACACAGAUGCUCAGACAAGGUGUUUCUCUGUCCGGCCAGUAUGGCAGUAGCAUUGCGGCAUCCUCCAGCCAUGUUCAUGUAGCAAUGGAAGGAAAGCCCAACAGCAGCCACCAAGCUCUCCUGCAGCACCUACUGUUGAAGGAACAAAUGCGACAGCAAAAGCUUCUUGUGGCUGGUGGAGUUCCAUUACACCCUCAGUCUCCUUUGGCAACAAAAGAAAGAAUUUCACCGGGCAUUAGAGGUACCCACAAGUUACCCCGCCACCGACCCCUGAAUCGAACCCAGUCUGCACCUUUGCCUCAGAGCACACUAGCUCAGCUGGUCAUUCAGCAGCAGCACCAGCAGUUCCUGGAGAAGCAGAAACAAUACCAGCAGCAGAUCCAUAUGAACAAACUGCUAUCGAAAUCUAUUGAACAACUGAAGCAACCAGGAAGCCACCUUGAAGAAGCAGAGGAGGAGCUUCAGGGGGACCAAUCCAUGGAAGACAGAGCAACUUCUAAGGACAACAGCACUAGGAGCGACAGCAGUGUUUGUGUGGAGGACACACUGGGACAAGUUGGGGCUGUGAAGGUCAAGGAGGAACCCGUGGACAGCGAUGAAGAUGCUCAGAUACAGGAAAUGGAAUGUGGGGAGCAGGCUGCUUUUAUGCAACAGGUAAUAGGCAAAGAUUUAGCUCCAGGAUUUGUAAUUAAAGUCAUUAUUUGAAUAUAAAAUAGGUCGCAGAUUUUGGUAAAUGCUUACUGUUUCCUAUCAGCGUAUGUCUCUCUCUGAUUUUAGUGAUAAAGAAUUCUAAAACAGGUAAAAUGAAUUUUUUUUUUCUAUAUAAAGCAUCGCUCUAUACUUAUCUCUGAGUGAGUAUCAAGGUUUCAUUGAACCUUCACUGGUAAGAAUAUGCCUGUUACACUAAAAAUAUGCUAUAUAAUAUCCAAGUAAUCAAUAGGCUUUCAGUCCAUCUCAAAGCCUGAUACAACAGUUACUUCUAGAAAAAAAACGAACUCACUGUUGUUUGUAGUUUUAUCUGCUGAGGUCUGUGAGUACAAAAUAUAGUCUCCCAGCCUGAUUAAUGAAGCAUUCUAUUAGAUCUGAUGUUUUUUAACAUAUAGAACUCAGUUUUCAUAUGACUGUACAUACUGUAUCAUACUACAGUCUUGAACACUGUUGAAGGUAGUCUGCCCCGCCCCCUUUUCCUCUCUCUCUCUCUAUUUUUUUUUUUUUUUUGUUAAGUGGAAAUGUUGUGGUUACCAUGCCAGUAGCUCUAGGUUAUAGUGUAGAUUAUAACUGAAAAAUCUUACCAUUUCAGGUGGUUUUAAGUAGAGAUGCAAGCUGAAGUUCUGUAUUUGAACACGACAUUAUGUCUGAUAUAGCACUGCACAGUUUACUUAAACUUUCUGUAAUUUGCUGACAUUGUGUACUUACAAAGAUCAAAUGGAGCUGAUGCAAAUGUCGAUGAGAAGGAAUGUAGAGCACGGUGGUCUAGUCAGAUGCUGUGCUGUAUGGACAGCUGCAGAAAGCACAGUAUGACUACCACCUGCUAUCAAAUUAAAACCAAUUUUACAAGAGGUUGACUCACAUUUAUACCUGAUAGCUUUAGGAUCUAGUGCAUCCAGUUCCACGGCAUACAUCAUAUCAUUUUGGCAAAUAAAAAAAAAUGUGAAUGUUGGAUUUAACAGAAUAAUCUGCUUAUAUAUAAUGCACCUCCUGAAGGACUAUGUCCUUUGAUGCUCUAAAGAUACAAACAACUUUGAAGGUAAAAGAAGAUAAUGUUUCUUUGAGUCAGUUCUUUGUGAUGUUCCCGCUGUUCUACAGAAAAGCGAUUCUGUGGCGGGACAGGAAAUGCUUUGUGGAAACAGGAAGUCCAAGCGAUUCACGAAGUGGGGCAUGUAGGAGAAAGAAUCCAAGGAUAGCGAGAGCAGUCUAGUGUUUCUGUUUUUCAAGGGUGUUCUAUGAAUUGAUUUAUUGUCUAAGAAAAUCACAUCAUGAGUAGGGAAACCCUUAAACAGAAACUAUCCUCUGGAACAUUUCCUUAAUAUUCCCUUUUGGUAUGUUUGCCUUGUUUUACAGGUUAACUUUUGUUAAGCUAGUUAAAUGUGAGCUGUAUUAAGACACAUAUAAUAUGGAUAAUCCAAAUUAACCUAAAUCUUCAUGACUUUUUCUUCUCUAUUAAAAUAUUUAUAUUCCUUAAUCCAUGGUAUUUUAAGGUGUAGUAUCCUGUUUCAGGGAGACAUAGCACUUUUGCCAAAUAUAGACAUUGUUCAACUGUAUGUUAUUGGCACGUGUUGUUUACAUUUUUGCUGUGACAUUUAAAACUAUUUCUUUUAAAAUGUUCCUGCUAAAGAUACAUUAUCCUUUUUUAAAAAGUCUCCAUUUGAAUUAAAUUAACAUAACUAGAAUUAGAAACUUAAAAGUUUUUCCACAUAAUGAAAGUCCUUCUGAUAAUUUGUCACAUAGUUCUAAUAGGCAACUCUCCCUAUCGCCAAUAUGUUUGGGUUAACAUAUUCCUUCAUAUUAAAAUGACUUUUGUCAGUUGUUUUGCAUUAAAAAUAUGGCAUGCCUAAGAUAAAAUUGUAUAUUUUUCCAUCUCAUAAAUAUUCAUUUUCUUCAAAUUCUUUUUUCAAUCUCAUAAAAAAAAAGGGAUAGUGCAUCUUUUAAAAUACAUUUUAUUUGGGGAGGAACAUGUGGCUGAGCAGACUUUUGUAUAAUACUACUUCAAAGAUAUGUGAUCACAAACAACAAAAAAAAAACCCUAUUUUUUAUAAUGUCAUUUGAGAGAACUUCAUCAGUAUAUUUGGUGGACGUUAAUUGUUUGAAUUUGAUAGUCUUUGAAUUUAGUCAAGAAACUACCUGGAACCAGUAAAAAGAAAAGCUGGACAUAACUAACCUUAGAAUUAACUAAUCAAUGUCUUCUAAGAUCUACUGUAUUUAUUAUGAUUUACACCCUUGGAGGUGAUCUCUUGUUUUGUGUUGUAAAUAUAUUGUUUGUAUGUUUCCCCUUCUUGCCUUCUGUUAUAAGUCUCUUCCUUUCUCAAAUAAAGUUUUUUUUAAAAGAUCCCUUUUCAUA